AUGCGGUUCAUUGUCAUUCUGAACAGCAUGAGUCUUGCGCGUAAAAUAUUAUUCAUUCUCAUUACGGUCUUUUGGAUAGGAUCGACGGACAUUAACGGCCAAGCGAUUAACUCAUCGUUGACUUGUAAGGGAGCAAAAAACUGCCAAACAUGCGUGCGGGAUUCUUCGUGCUUCUGGUGUGAAACGCAGUUGUCAUGCCAAGUCUACGGCGCGAAAAGCAAAGACGAACAGACCAAGGCUUGUGGAGAAUGGCGCUGGAAGAGCUGCGAGAAAGCAGACGCUUCUGCACCACUGAUAGCUAUUAUAAGUGGUUGCGCUUCCGUGGCGUUGAUUUGUGUUUUGCUGGUGCUCGUCUGUAUCAAAAGGGAUCUCUGGAAACGAAUUGUGAGCGCGCGCGUUUACGACAGAUGGGAAAAAGAAGGAUUAUUCGAGCAGGAAGAACGAUUUAACAGAAGAAAGAAACACAACAAAAAACAAAGCAAUAAGGCACAAAAGUUCUCAGAAAAAUAUCAACUUAAUGACCCCUCCAUGGCAUUUUUGUACUCACCGUAACACGUGACAUACCCGA